AUGGCUACUGACACAUUUAAUAUUGGAGCACCUACUUUCUCCUCAAAAGAUGUUCAUAACGUCAGGCAUUCCCGCCCUGGAUUGUCAUCCAAAAACAGCGCACCAGCCAGUGUUCGAUCCAAUGUGACAGGUGGUCAGGAUCGACAUGAUGUGAUGGUCAAGUACCUCUAUCGGAAAUGCUACGAGUCCAAAUGGCUGGAACCUACAGAGGAUGACUUCGGCCUUAGCGAUGGUGGAGCAUCGAACUUAGGAGUAUUGCUGAGACGCCCUGAUGGAGUCUAUACUGCCGACCCCAUGUUCCUCAACACGGAGCUCGUCAAGUCAGUAGAGAAGCUUGGUGUUCCAGUCGCAUUCACCAUGUCAUCUGACAUCGUUCAAACCCUUCUCUCUACCGUGACGCCCUUCCAGACCGAGCUUUGUCUGGAUCCCCGUGGUUUUGUGCUCCCGAUUGUCAAUUCCGUGAAGGAGCUCGCGACGCAGAAAUCUAGUGUUACUAAGGAAGCCUACAUAUGCCUUUGCCGACGUGAGAAAUACGUCCUUGUUUGGAGCGAUACCGUGCAAGGCGUCCUCGCGCACGGUGCGGAUGUAGAAACGCGCCUUCUCGGACUGGUUUGGGGCUCUCCAAUCACAACUCCACCAACAAAUGGCAGCCUCAACCUUGUUCGUGCGUCUAUGAUGCCAGGCGCAUCUCCAGGCUGGGCCACUCCCAGUGAUCCCGUGGUAAACGAAAAGGUUACCGUCAUACAAGCGGCCAUUGAGCAAGAAGAACUUGGCGAUAAAGCUUACGACCCGGAGAAAGACCAAGGGGUCCCCAAAAGGCCAUUUCUGCUCACUCAUGCCAUGGUCAUUGGCCUUGCCAUGGUUCUUGUCGUUGUUGUGGAAAUGGCUUGUGUUGCGAAACUGCUCCAGGAAGUACGUUUAGAUGGACAGAUGAUCCGGUUUGCGCUCGUCGCCACGAUUCCUCUAUUCGCUUCCUUCUCCUUGUUCUUUAUGAUUGUCAUCACCGGAUCUCUUUUUCAGCUAGUUGGCCCACUCUCAUCCAUUGGCCAGAAUAGUCUUUAUUACUCCGGCAAGGCACCAAAGGUGGGACGCUACGCAGAUCUCGAACUUCCUCACAUCACCAUUCAAAUGCCCGUCUACAAAGAAGGUCUCAAAGGCGUCAUCAUGCCAACUGUGGAGACACUUCUUGCGGCUGUCAAACACUACGAGGAACAAGGCGGCACGGCAUCGAUCUUCGUCAAUGAUGAUGGAAUGCAAUUGGUAAAACCUGAGCUCCAAGAAGCUCGGAAAGCCUUCUACGAAAUCAACAAUAUCGGUUACUGCUCUCGCCCUCCUCAUUGCACCCAAGAAGGUGACAAAUACUUCCUCCGCAAAGGUCAAUUCAAAAAGGCAUCGAACAUGAACUAUUGCCUGGACUUCUCCCUUCGAGUUGAAGAUGAGUGGUUGAAGUUGAUGGACGAAACGUGCCGCGAACGUGAUUGCACUCAUGAAGACAUCUCGAUCGAAGACGAACAGGAAAUGUAUGAUCAAGCUCGAAACCGAAUGAUCGAGCAAGACGGCGGCAGGACAUGGGCUGCCGGUAACUGCAGAGUUGGUGAAUACAUCUUGAUCAUUGACUCCGACACCCGCGUUCCUGAAGACUGCUUGCUACUUGGGGCACUCGAAAUGCAUGAAAGCCCAGAAGUCGCUCUCCUCCAACAUGCGUCAGGUAUCCUUCAGGUUGUCAACAACGUCUUCGAGAACGGUAUCACUUAUUUCACUAAUCUCAUCUACACAUCUAUCCAAUUUGCUGUUGGCAGUGGAGACUGUGCACCGUUCGUGGGUCACAACACAUUCAUUCGCUGGAAAGCCAUCCAAAGUAUCUCGUGGGAAGAAGAUGGAAUGACCAAAUUCUGGUCAGACAGUCAUGUCUCCGAGGACUUUGACGUCAGUCUACGAUUACAAAUGAACCACUUCGUCGUUCGCCUUGCUACCUACCACAACGGUGGCUUUAAGGAAGGCGUGUCAUUGACUGUCUACGAUGAACUUGCUCGGUGGGAGAAAUAUGCCUACGGCUGCAAUGAACUCGUUUUUCAUCCAUUGAUCAAAUGGCCUACCAGGGGACCCAUCACACCGCUGUUCCGAAAGUUCUUGUGGAGCAACAUCAAAAUCACAUCGAAAGUCACCAUCAUGGCAUACAUCGGCACUUAUUACGCCAUCGCGUCCGCUAUCCCUUUGACAUUGGCAAACUAUCUGAUUGUUGGUCUCUUCGGAGAUAACGUGGAUCAGUUCUACAUCACUUCCUGGAGGAUCUUUGUCGGCAUGGCCUUCGUCUUUAAUAUCCUUUCGCCUCUCGCCUAUGCUAUGCUGAGACAUCGCCUUGGUCAAAAGACAUUUUUCAAGGCUGUCCUUGAGACCAUCAAAUGGACACCCAUGUUCUUGCUCUUCUUUGGCGGCAUCUCCUUCCAUCUCCUCAAGGCUCUCCUCUGUCAUUUCUUCAGCAUCAAGAUGGAAUGGACCACAACCGCAAAGGAAAUUGAAGCGUCUGGCUUCAGAAUCGGCCUUGAUAGAAUUGUCCGAGACUUCAAAUGGAUGUACCUCAUCAUUGUUCCCAUGGCCGGUGGAAUGGUUUAUCUAGCAGUCUACGCACCGAGAGGUUGGCAGAUCAAAGAUUUCGCAGCCAUCGUUCCUAUCGCCAACCAGAUUGGUUGUCAUGCACUUUUGCCGUUUGCGCUUGGUCUAUUCUAG